CAACUUAGCUCUUCGUAAUCUGAAACAUAAAGUGAAGAAGGUAGCAACACAUUAGUUAAGAUGGCGAUGGUGGUGGUGAUAUCGGUGCCACUGAUAUUGUUCUCAGUGAUGCUUGGUGUUGGGUGUUAUUUUGUAGGAAGGGCAAGAGGAAGACAAGAUAUCAGAACUCAUGCACAAGCUUUUGGGGUUCCCAUUGCUCCUCCUAAUGCCGAUCCUUCUUGUUCUAAACCAAAAAUCGCAGAGAUGGUUUGAUCGAUGAGAGAGAGCUUAAUUUGGGUUCUUUUCUGCUCGAAUUGUUGGUUUAAUUUGAGGUCUUAAACCAUACUAGUGUUUUUUUUUGGAUUGAAAUUGAAUUGAUUCAUCUGUGAAUGAUUCUUGUCUGAAAAGCUUCUUUUGUUUGGAAGCUAAUAAUAUGAGUGUUGUUACUUUAUUUGGUUUGAAUCAAUGUAAAGAUAUCAUCAUUGAAUUGGUGUUUU